AUGGCCACGCCCGCCCCGGGAGCAAGCAAAGAUGCUCCCACCAACCCGCGAGGCAUUCCCUAUGCGCCCUUCGUCGACAAGGUCGAGGACUAUGCCACCACCCGCGCUGACGUUGAGCCGACCCUCAAGAGCUUCCAGGAGAUGAUCUCCAAGUACCAGUUCAUGCAGGUCAACACCGAGCGCCGCGCCGCUGGCCUGAAGGACAAGAUCCCCGACAUCCAGAAGACGCUGGACACGGCUAAGGUCAACCGCGUUCAGCCCGGAUCCGACCCCAUUGAGACGACGUUCGAGCUCAACGACACGCUCUACGCGAAGGCCCAGAUUCCGCCUACCGAAGAGGUCUAUCUAUGGCUUGGGGCGAACGUCAUGCUGGCGUACCCCAUCCCAGAGGCCGAGGACUUGCUUGACAACAAGCUCAAGACGGCGCAGGUCAGCCUCUCAAACUGCGAGGAGGAUUUGGAUUUCCUGCGCGAGCAGAUCACGACGUUGGAGGUCGCUACCGCUCGUGUGUACAACUGGGAUGUUGCCCAGCGCCGCAAAGAGAGGCUCGAGGCCGAGGAAGCCGAGGGCAAAAAGUCAAAGGACUGA